AUGUCUUUCAAGUACGCGGGUGUAAAAUCUGAGGACACCGUCUUCAUCAACGAGGCUCAGUAUACUGGCGUGAAGUCCGAGGACACCGUCUUCAUCAACGAGGCUCAGUAUGCUGGCGUGAAGUCCGAGGACACCGUCUUCAUCAACGAGGCUCAGUAUACUGGCGUGAAGUCCGAGGACACCGUCUUCAUCAACGAGGCUCAGUAUACUGGCGUAAAGUCCGAGGACACCGUCUUCAUCAACGAGGCUCAGUAUGCUGGCGUGAAGUACGACUACAAUAUUUGA